AUGCCAUUCCCUUUUAUCGCCGUUGCCGAUCUAUUACAAAGCCUGGAGAACGACCUCGGCCGCAGACGACACCGAAAAGGAGACCGAGCAAUUGUCGAGGACUGGUUUGCACGCUAUCGACAGGAACUGGACGAUGAUGGUACUGACAAGUGUGCCUUGUUGUCCACCUUGCUGCCGGAGAGGCGCACCGAUCGAGUGUACAGCAUCAAAGAAAAGACUCUGCAACCAAAGCUUGCGAGAGCAUUUGGCCUCGGCUACUCAAGGGUCAAGGAGUUGAGCAGGUGGACGGUCUCCGGGUCCGGCCUUGAUCUUGCUGAAUGCGCGGAAGCGAUCCUUCAGCAAACCCCCAAUCCUCGGACACCGCCUGUGACGGUAGAAGAGAUCGACACUAUUCUGCAUGCCUUAGCAGCCAACAAUCUGUUCAGUGCACCAUCAGUGAGGUCCUCUGGAGCCCCGUCUGUUGGUUCUUCACUUGCAAAGCAAGAUGGACCUCUCGAGGCACUGUUUCGCAGACUGUCCGCAAGAGAGGCAAAAUGGGUCACGAGAUUAAUCCUAAAGAGCUUCCUUCCUGUGGUAGUACCAGAAUGGCUGGUCUACGCUUGCUGCCACCACCUUUUGCCUACUACCAUGAAGAUACACGAUAAUUUUGUUGUUGCUACACGUUUGCUAGAGCAACAAUGCGGCCGUGUGACAUAUGGAGAGAUGGAGCCGGAAGAUCUACCAAGACUGCUCAAACCCCAAAUUGGUGUCAAGGUUGGUCGCCAGACAUGGCUGAAAGGCCGUAGCAUCAAGCAUUGCCUGGAAAUGGGCAGGGGGCUAAUGAGCGUUGAGAACAAAUUGGACGGCGAAUAUUGCCAAAUCCAUAUUGACCUCUCCAAGGGCUCGAACUGCAGAAUACAAAUAUUCUCCAAGAGUGGCAAGGAUAGCACUCAAGACAGGAAGCGGCUGCACAAGACUAUCGAAGCUUCUCUGGAGCUGGGCACUCCCUCAUGCAAAAUCAAAAGUUAUUGCAUACUCGAGGGAGAAAUGGCCGUGUGGAGCGAUAAAGAACAAAGGAUAUUGAGCUUCGACAAAAUACGCAAGCAUGUUAGCAGAUCCGGAAGAUUCAUCGGCACUGACGAAGACAGCCAGGCUCACGAGUGGGAGCACUUAAUGAUAGUCUAUUAUGACUUGCUUCGCGUUGACGAUGAAUCUCUCCUCAACAUUCGGCACUCAGAACGAUUUUCCCGACUCUCACGGUUGGUACAAUGCCAGACUGGGCGAGCGGCACUCGUACAAAGGCAGAUCAUCAACUUCACAUCACGUAUCGCAGCUGAAGAGUUGCGAGAGGCGUUUGCUUCCUGCAUUGUCAAGCGGGAGGAGGGGCUUGUGCUCAAACCUGACGAGCCGUAUUUCAGCUUCGGGCGCAGCAGGCGUAGAUACGCGUCUUGCUGCGUGAAGCUGAAGAAGGGCUUCAUCAAAAAAAUGGGGGACGUGGGCGACUUCGCAGUGAUUGCAGGCCGUUAUUGUGCUACCAGGGCCAAGGUGCUGAAGAUGCCGAACGUCAAAUACACACAUUUUUAUCUCGGUUGCCUCACAAACAAAGAGGCUGUCGAGCGUUGGGAUGCCAGGCCAGAGUUCACGGUUGUGAAUGAGGUCGAGAUGAAUGCUACCAUGCUUGAUCACUUCAGGAGGACAUGGUUCACGGAUACAGUACCUUUGACAGACGAUAGGGCACCAGUCCUCAACGUACCACCUGGCAUAGUUCAGGGCAGUAAGAUCAUCACUGUGUUCACCGAGCCGGCUGUUUUCGACAUGACUUGCUUCUCCUUCCACAAGGAAUCCAACACGCCGUUCUGGAGCUUGCGGUUCCCUUACGUGUCAAAGAUACAUACUGACAGGACUUGGAUGGAUUGCAUCACAUUUCAGGAGCUCCAGGUACUGGCCGAAGAUGAUAUAAAGUGUCCGGACAAAGAAGAUAGCCAAGAGCUGGCGCAGUGGAUUGAAGCUUUGGAGCAAGCCGAGCCAAAGACGCGGAGAGCGACCGUACAUGAGAGUCAGUCGACAGAGGCGACGGCAAGCACAUCUGCAUCUCAGUGCAGAACACCACAGCGCAGUAUUGAAGAUUCCCCAGUCAGGCCACAUCCCGCCAAUACUAUCGCUGCAGUCAAGGCUGGACUGCCGACGCCUCCCAUAUCGUCCGCGUUGCAGCCGUCAGAGGACUCCACCUCGGCGCAGGCCCAACCAUCUCGCAAGCGGCGAAGAGAGCCGCUCUCAACUCCGUCACGUCGAACAAAAAGUAGGAACAAUGAACCUGAGGUCAUUGACCUGACGUCGCCUACGCUGUCUAACAGCCAGCGGAGCCAACGCCAGCCGCUGGAGGACAUCACUUCGGCACCAUCGUCACAGGGAAACGUGUUUAUGCCAAAUGUGCCGUGCAUGCCUGCGGAUGCAACAGAUAAUUGGAUCUUGGAUGAUACCAAAUUGGGGGAGCCUGCCGAGAAAGUGUCAACGACAUCUGGUUCAAGCCCUCUCCUUCCCCUGAGCCCCGCAGCAUUCACUUGCGGGUACGCCGGCGGUGUAUGCGCACUGGCGGGCUUCUUCGUGCUUCUCUCCCCAUGCAUCGCAAGCAUGCCUCUGCUCACCGAGGACGUUCUGCCGGCCCACGGAGUUAACGCUGUUUUCACUGAUAUCCCGUCAUGGCUUGCGUCGAAUGCGCCCCAGACCGGUCCUAUGAGGAGGCCCCGGAGACUUGUACUCGUUGAACGCCAACGCAGGGAGUCCACAAACGCAUUCAUCCGAAAGCUGGAAUCGAGCCCGUUGCGCAGACGCAACGGCGAUGUGGAAAUUGUUUUGGCAUACGACUGGCGGCUUCUAGAAGCCAUCACCGAAGAAGAGAAGAAGAAUCAGAGGAGCGAUGGCAGUGGUACGAGGCAGACUGCGAGGACGGGUGCCAACCGCGAGGAGCUCUGGAGGAGAUACUAUUUUGGGUGCAUCGAUGAGAGGAGGGAUUAA